UGCACCGGUUAUCGCUUGAACUGUUCGUUUUGGGUAUCCUGUGGUUACAAAGCCCGAUGUGACCUGGGAACGAUAACACUUCAAAAUGGUGGCCAAGAAGAUAUUCUGUUUUCAAAGUGACUUUAUUUGCUAAACAUUUCACUCAAAUGAUCCCAAGUAUAAGUAUUGUAGAUACUUUCUGAAAUCAUUAUGUUAACUCCAGCGUUUGACUUAAGUCAAGACGAGAAUUUCGUCAUCGUUACCAUCAAAACACCAUACGUCAAGAUAUCUGAUGUUGAUUUCUUCAUUGAUGGAAAUGAGUUUAAAUUUUAUGUCAAACCUUACUUCUUAAGGCUUAAUCUUCCUGGUAAGAUCGUUGAGGAUGGCCAAGAGGGUGCAACAUAUGAUGUCGAGAAAGUAAUAUUUUUUUUAAAACUCCCCAAGCUUCACCAAGGUGAGCACUUUGAGGGGCUGGACAUGCUGACUUCCUUGCUUUCUCCAAGGAAAAAAACCAAGAUGAAUCAACCCUUGAUUGAAGUUAUUAAUGAUGAUUCCAAACCAUCAGAAAUAAAUGAUGAUUCCAGUGAUGAAAACAGUGAUUUUGAUUGGGAAAUUGAGCAAGUUCUUUGUGAGGAUGAUGUUUCACUGGAUUUAGAUUGUAAAAGUGAAGAAGGAAAAUAUGGAUUUGCAAACAAAAAGAAGGGGAUUUUUGAUAAGCGCCAGGAAGAACUAUAUGAAAUAUCUGAUGUGCCUGAUCCAGAAUCCAUUAGCUUCCAUGAAAGAAGACUUGCUCGUCUAGCAGCUGAAGACCUCAAUUUUGACCCUGGACAUUAUUUUGCAGACUUCUUUGAUGAAGAAACUAUACAACCAUUUCUAGAGUACAGUCCACCAUGGGAUGAGGAAUACAAAGAAUAUCAGGAAAAACUGAAGAGUAUAUCAGCAGACAAUUUGCUUAGUGCAGAAGAAGAACAACUUAAAAACCUUUCAAAAUCUAAAUUUACUCCAGCAGAUGAGACAAAAGUUCUAUUUACUGAAGAAGAAAAAGAUAACCUGAGACAUUUGCCAAACAAGGAAUAUAUAUUGGAUGAACCAGUACAGCUAAGCUUGUUGCUAGGUCUGGUUGAUAUUAUCUUUGCUUAUGCUUACAAUCAUCGCACAACUGAAGGGGAGAACACGGUUGAAUCUGGAUGGACCAUCAACAAAAUAAGUUCAACACUUUGUUAUUUUGAGACGUUUACCAACAUAAAUGACGUAGUUACAUCCUGUUAUCGUCGUUGUUUAUGCUACCCUCUUCACCGUAACUGGAAUCUUGUUCAGCUUGUACUAGAGGACACUAAAAAGAUAUUUGCUUUAGGCAAAAGAAGAUUACUCAAAUGUUUACUUGAAAUCCAUGGAUUGUUUAAUGAAGACGAUCCUCGCUACAUAUUAAAUGAUCUGUAUAUCACUGAUUAUUGUGUGUGGAUCCAAACCAUCAGCAAAAAGAAACUGAAGUCCCUUGCGCAGAAUUUACAAAAGAUGAAUCUUACUAAAAAGGACCUUGGAUGGCAGUUAGAGGAGCUGGAAAAAGCUGGCUUGUUAGUGAACGAAGAGAAUGAAAAUAAUGACGAAAACAGCGAAGAAGAACAAGAACAAGGACAAGAAGACACCAAAGAGUGUAGUGAAGUUAGCGACGAAGAAACAGAAUCUUCUGAAACCAGCUCAACCACGAGUGACUCAGAGGACUCCCAAGAUGAACACUUAGAAAUACAAAUUGGAAAUUUAAAAUUGUCAUCCACUGAAGAAGAAAUGGAUAAAACAGGGAACCAAGACAAUACUGCUAAAGAUUCUAAAGUAAAUGAAAAAAUUGUUGUGUUAAGUUCGGAAACUUUUGAUCCUUAAUGCACCAGCCCAGGAUAAAAAAAUAUCGUAAAUACUAUAAAUGAUUGAUUACUGAAUACUUAUUGCUUUAUUAUAGUCGCUUAUUAUUUA